CUCCUCUUCCACGCGAGGACAAAUUCAUUGAUAGACGUGAGAAGAAGAGAGAGAAGACUGCGAGGUUGGUGUUUUGUAAUGUUGCUUUGCUCGUUGCAUUUUGCCCAUUUAGGCAUUUGCAGUGAGCAGAAGGGGGCGAGAGAGAGAGAGAGAGAGAGAGGUGAACGGGUCUAAUUAGACGGAGGAAGAGAACUCCCGCUCAGAACACAAACAUGUUCGAUGGAGUCCCGGACCAGUUCCAUCAGUUCAUAGCACCCGGAACUUCAUCGCUUCCGCUUCACUUGUCUUUCCCUCUCAAUGCCUCUCUAACACCCAACACUAACACCUUCCCUACCUUCGAUCCUUUUCACUUGCCUCUCCAGCAACCCAAUCUCUUGCACUCCCUGCACCACCUGCCUCCUCCUCCUGCCCACAAGCACCAGCAAGACAAGCAAGAUGAUAGCAUGAGCAGAGUGUCCAUGAACCUGGAGAUUGAAAGAGAGAGGCAAUUACCUGAGCUCAUCGAUUCCUGCUGGACUCACGAUGAAGUGCUCGCGUUGUUCAGGAUCAGAUCUAGCAUAAAAACCUGUCUCCCAGACCUCACCUGGGAACAUGUCUCCAGGAAGCUAGCAGAGCUUGGAUUUAAGAGGAGUGCGGAGAAAUGCAGGGAUAAGUUUGAGGAGGAAAGUAGAUACUUGAACCACAUUAAUUACAACGAAAAUUAUCGGUUCAUUUGUGAGUUCGAACAAGAGCUUUAUCAUCAAGACCCUGAAGCUCUGGUUGGGACGGAAGAAAAGUCGACCCAGCAGCUGCAAAAGCCAAGGGAGGGACAAGACAAGACGUCGGGCCACGCAUUGGAAGAGAGUUCUACAGGACAUGACACAUCAGCACCCACCAUUACCAAACGCUGCGUGGUGGAAAAAUCAAAGCACAGAAAGCGAAAGAAGCAAGAUGGUAAGUUUGAGAUGUUCAAGGGCUUCUGUGAGAAUAUUGUCAGCAGGAUGAUGGCUCAACAAGAGGAGAUGCACAAUAAGCUUCUCGAAGACAUGCUCAGGAGAGACGAGGAGAAGUUUGCGAGAGAGGAGGCUUGGAAGAAGCAAGAGUUGGAUAGGAUGAAUAAGGAGCUCGAAAUGAUGGCACACGAGCAAGCUCUGGCGGGAAACCGGCAGGCCACCGUAAUAGAAUUCUUGAAGAAAUUCACUGCAAGCUCUCCCAGAGUAACGAGCGUUUCAGAUCCGAAAACAUCGCAUUCACAAAAUCUUCACUUUUCUGUUGAGAUCAGUAAGGAGAACGAUCCAGAGACCCCACCUUCUUCUACAAUGACACCGCCAAAUCAUCAAGAUAUAAUAACAGCUUCUGCAGCCUUACCCAUCACGUGCCCUAGUGCAGUAGCGGCAGUAGCAAAAAACCCUAGCUCAAGUCAGGCCCAGGAGACAUCAGAAGUUGCACAGAACCCUAGUUGUGUUGAUUCAGUCUCAACGUGCAAGGCGUCGUCGACGGGAUUGUCGAGCGAGAAAGGAGACGUGGGGAGGAGAUGGCCGAGGGAUGAAGUGUUGGCAUUAAUAAACCUGAGGUGCAGCCUGAAUAACAACAGCGAAGACAAAGAGGGAAACAAGGCUCCACUGUGGGAGAGAAUCUCGCAAGGGAUGUCAGAUUUGGGAUACAGGAGAAGUGCAAAGAGGUGCAAAGAAAAAUGGGAGAACAUAAACAAGUACUUCAGAAAAACCAAGGAUAUUAACAAGAAGAGAACGCGCGACUCCAGGACUUGUCCUUAUUUCCACCUCCUCGCCACUUUGUAUUCUCAAGGAAAGCUUGUUCCUGAUCAAUCUGAAUUAUUAAGGCCAGCGAGCCAAAUGGUUUCACCUCCGAGUCCCCCUCAAAUCCCACCACAGCCCCAAGCUCAACCUUCCCACCAAGUUAUUCACGUCGAUGAAGGUGAGAAUACUGCGAUGCAGUGCACCUGAAGUUUUGCAUGCAUGUGGAUUAUCGAUCUGUUUUAAUUAUUCAUUUCUCCAUUUCCAUGGCAUAUAAUAAUUAAGCGUCCCUUUUUUUUAAAAGCUUUCUUUUGUUGAUUCCUUCGCUAUUGAUCAACAGCAUAGAUCAUUAUAAUUAAUGUAUCCGGGUGCGCGCGCGCGCACACAUAUAUAUUAAAGGACUUAAAUUUUGGCGA